AUGGCGGAGCGGGUCCCACCUCCCCGCAACGGCAAGGAUGAGUACUCCGAACAGCGACCUAAUGAAUCGGCAAGGAUGGAACCAACAGCUUCAUCUUCCACAUCUAGGGCAUUAGUACCAUCAUCCCAAGAGUUCGUCCCCCACAACCAAUCUCAAUACACAACAUUCCGGGCCGGCACUUACGUCGUCCAAGUCCCCAAGGACCAAAUCUACCGCAUUCCUCCCCCUGAAAAUGCCUCCAUCGUCCAACGCCACCGAGAUCCGUCUAAAAAGAAGAAACCAAUGUGUUGUAACUUUAUCUGUCUAGGAAUUCUUUUUUUCUUUCUCUUAUUCAUCAUUUUACUCAUCACUGGGCUUUACGUAUCCGUGAUCUUGUCCAAAGACCCCAAAUUCUCUGUCCAACGGCUCGUCUACAACAACAAAACCAGGUCAAAUCGACCAGACUACACCAUAACGUUGCAGUCCCAAAACCGGAAUUCCCAAGCGGCCGUUUUAUACAAGAACGGCGGCGACGCCUCCCUUAAUCUUAAGACACAAGAAAUCGCCACCGGUAGUUACCCGUCUUUCGAACAAGAUAGUGGAAAAUCGAAAGAGUUUGCUGUUAUCUUUCAUGGCUCUAAGAUUAAGUUGCCUACAGAUAUUCAGAAAAGUAGCACGACUCAAAAACCGCAAGUUCAUGUCAAGUUUUCUCUGAGCAUGGACAUCCCGGGGAGAAUGCGUAGGGGGGCCUUGAAGAGAAGCAUGACAUUUCAUGUGGAAUGUGAUUUUACGGUGGAUACAUUGGUGAAAGGAACUCGAGUUCUUAACCAAGAAUGUCAAACAAACAGGAAAUAG